GGGUUUUAUCUGUUUCGUUUUUUGGAUUUCUCAACUGAAUCGUGCAUUCUUCUCUCUCCUCCGUGUGCGUGUUCCUUCUCUUUUGUUGACAUGGAUUGAUUAAUAAACAAGCUUUUACUUCUCUCUCUAAACCAACACACACCUUCUCUCUUAGGGUUUCGCAGAGAGCUUCCUAGUUGCCAGGAACAGGAUAAACAAUCCCAGGGUUUUUUCUUUGAACUCCUAGAAGGAAGCCGCUGUGUUCGUGCUGAUCGUGCAAGUUUUGAUUCCUCACGGCUACUUCAGGGCACGGUGAAUUGGCUUUCGAUUGCAGUUUUUUGAGCUGAUCAUGUGGUUUGAUGCAAUCUUGGAAUGAAAGGUUGUUUCGUUGUUAAAAGUUGUUGAGAGAGUGAGCAUUCAAGAUUCUACGUUGGCAAAUGUAGUGUGGUGGAUUAUGAAUGAUUGCUGCCAUGGACUUGAAUGCCUCACCAUUACCUGAAGAAGAUGAAGAUACUUUUGAAAGUCACAUUGAACAUUAUGCACCAGAAGAACGCAUAGAGAGUGGAGCUGAUAUAGCACGGCGGGAGCGCGAAGAAAGACGUAAGCGAUUGAAACGCGACCGCCCAGAUGACAGACCAAUGCAUGUAUCUCAACCCCCUGCAUAUGAUUCGUAUCAAACGAAAAACCCCAAAGUUUAUGACAAGUCUAGGCUCCCCUCUGGUUGGUUGGAUUGUCCUGCAUCUGGUCAAGAAAUAUUCUGCAUGAUACCUUCUAAGGUGCCACUGGGUGAAUCUUAUAAUGACUCUGUUCCUCCUGGUAAAAGAUACUCAUUUAAACAAGUGAUUCAUCAACAAAGAGUUUUGGGAAGAAAACUUGGUUUGGUGAUUGAUUUGACGAAUACGUCUCGCUAUUAUCUAACAUCAGAUUUGAAGAAAGAGGGUAUUAAGCAUGUUAAGAUUGCGUGCAAGGGUCGGGAUUCAGUACCGGACAACUUAUCUGUAAAUCAGUUUGUAUAUGAGGUUAUACAAUUCCUCUCUCGUCAAAAGCAGUCCAAGAAGUUUAUUCUUGUCCAUUGUACACAUGGGCACAAUCGCACAGGGUAUAUGAUUAUCCACUACCUAAUGCGCUCGUUAUCAAUUUCAGUCACUCAGGCAAUAAAAAUGUUUGCUGACGUACGCCCUCCAGGAAUCUACAAACCCGACUAUAUUGAUGCCUUAUACUCAUUCUACCAUGAACGAAAGCCUGAAAUGGUUGUCUGCCCCCCAACUCCUGAAUGGAAGAGAUCUUCUGAAUUUGAUCUUAAUGGUGAAGCAGUUGCAGACGAUGAUGAUGAUGAUGGAGGUCCUGCUGCCCCUUUGAAUGAGAGUCAGGAUACAAAUGGAGUGAUGACAAAUGAUGAUAUCUUGGGUGAUGAGAUACCUUGGGACCAGCAAGAGUCAAUGCGGCAGUUCUGCUAUCAAACUCUUAAGCUGGUUGUUGGGGGAAGAGGAAACUCACAAUUCCCAGGGUCGCACCCAGUUUCUCUUAACAGGGACAACUUACAGCUGUUGAGGCAACGCUAUUAUUAUGCUACAUGGAAGGCUGAUGGAACACGAUAUAUGAUGUUAAUAACUAUGGAUGGAUGUUACUUGGUUGAUAGAAAUUUUAAUUUUAGAAGGGUUCAAAUGAGGUUUCCCUGUAAACACACAAAUGAGGGUUUAGCUGAGAAGACCCACCACUACACAUUACUGGAUGGUGAGAUGAUAAUUGAUACUGUGCCUGAUCCACAGAGGCAGGAGAGAAGAUACCUCAUUUAUGAUAUGAUGGCAAUCAACCAUGUUCCUAUCAUAGAGCGGCCUUUUUAUGAACGGUGGAAGAUGCUUGAGAAAGAAGUCAUUGAACCUCGGAAUCAUGAGCGCCACAAUAUUUACCAAAGUAGGAAUCCCUACUAUAGAUAUGACUUAGAACCAUUCAGGGUGAGGAGGAAGGAUUUUUGGUUGCUCUCCACAGUAACCAAACUUCUGAAGGAAUUUAUUCCAAGGCUUUCACAUGAUGCAGAUGGUCUUAUCUUUCAGGGUUGGGAUGAUCCAUAUGUUCCCCGUACACAUGAAGGACUUCUAAAGUGGAAAUAUCCUGAAAUGAACUCGGUUGAUUUUCUAUUUGAGGUAGGCGAUGAUGAUCGGCAACAUCUUUUUCUAUAUGAACGCGGAAAGAAGAAACAAAUGGAAGGAAAUAAAGUUGCAUUUAAAGAUGGUUCAGACCCCUCUUCUUAUUCCGGAAAAAUAAUUGAGUGUUCUUGGUCUUCUGAAGCAAAUGAAUGGGUCUGUAUGCGCAUCAGGACCGACAAAUCAACUCCGAAUGAUUUCAAUACCUACAAGAAGGUUAUGCGAAGCAUAAGGGAUAAUAUCACGCAGGACAUCUUGUUGACUGAGAUCUAUGAGAUCAUUCGUCUGCCUAUGUAUGCUGAUAGGAUAAGGAAUGAUAGCAAAGCAGCCCAGCAGCAUGCAAAUGCAGCACGACGGAGGUGACAGCGGGGCUGAGCAACACCGGCAGUUUCUUGUAAGGUUUGCUGAUAAUAGGCGAGCGUAGUAGUACUAAAGGCUGCCCUCAGACACCUUGUUGGCAAGUCGUUCAGAGUUGUAAUUACUUGAGUUCGGCAUAAUUUGGGCAUAUCAGCUGAUGAUGAAUCACAGAGAUUGUGUAACUAGCUAAAGCGUAGCUAUAAUUUGUACUGAGUGCUGUGCUGGUGAGUUGUAUGAUCCAGUUUGGCACACCAGAUAACCCCCCGGUAUUAUUGUCAAAUUUAUUUGGUUCUGAUAGUCGUAGUCAGAUGAAGAGAAGUAGGGUUAGUGUCAGCCAUGUAUAUUCAGAUGAUAUUAUUAAGUUGUUUAAAAAGGUAGGCAUUUUUUACAAUCCAAGUUUUGCCUUUCCCCUUUAAUGUGAAUAUAACUUCGGGACC